UACAUUAUUCUACUUCACGAAGGCUGCAGAAAGCAGCGAGCUCCACCGCCUGUCUUCUGUGUUUCCACUGUUGUUUAAAGCAAAUGGAGAAAAAAACUGAAGUGUUUCGUGGGUUUUUGUUGGAAAACGGUUUAAUUUUGUGCUGAUAAAUCAGUGUGAGAGGAGGAAGAGGAAGGUACGAAGAGCCACAAAAGAGCACAGGAGGAGAAGAGGAGGACUGGGACAGAAAAAAAUCGGGACAGUAUAAAAUGCUGCAGAUUUGACUGGAAGAUGUCUAACGUAAACACGGAAGCGACCAACAUGCUCCCCAUCCUCAAGAAGAAACUGGCCUUCUUGUCAGGGGGCAAAGACAGACGCAGUGGUCUGAUCCUGACCAUCCCUUUGAGUUCAGAUCAGACCAGCAUGGAGGAGCUCAGCGCCACUCUGGACUAUCUUCUCAGCAUCCCAAGCGAGAAGUGUAAGGCUCGUGGUUUCACUGUUAUCGUGGAUGGCAGGAAGUCUCAGUGGAACAUCGUGAAGACUGUGGUGCUCAUGUUGCAGAACGUGAUCCCGGCCGAAGUGUCGCUGGUCUGCGUGGUCAAGCCAGACGAGUUCUGGGAUAAGAAGGUCACACACUUCUGCUUCUGGAAGGAGAAAGACCGACUGGGCUUUGAGGUGAUCCUGGUCUCGGCCACUAAGCUGACGCGUUACAUUGAACCCUGUCAGCUGACGGACGAUUUUGGAGGAAGUCUGGACUACGACCACAAUGACUGGCUCAACAAGAGACUGGUAUUCGAGAAGUUCACCAAAGAGUCAACGUCACUACUGGACGAGCUGUCCAUCAUCAACGACAGUGACAAGAACAGCUCGGUGGACAAGGACAAAUCAACUGACUGUGCCCUGUUACCGUCCUUUGACCCCGAGACUGUCCUUCAAACUGGCCAUGAGCUGCUGUCAGAACUACAGCAGCGGCGCUUUAAUGGAUCAGAGGGAGGAGGAGGAGGACAGGGAGGUCCUGCCUGGUGCCCCAUGGAGGAGGAGCUACUGGCUCAGCCACAGGUGAUGAAGCUGUUGGACUCACUCAGGGAGCAGUACACCAGGUACCAGGAGUUGUGCAGGCAGCGAAACAAACGCACCCAGCUAGAUGAGAUCCACACCAAAGUCAUGCAGGUGGUGACCUGGUUGCAGGGUCCAGGUUCAGAGCUGUUGAAGACUCAUCAGGCGAUUGGAGAUUCAAUCCGUGCGGCUCAGGCCCUGCAGCAGAAACACGAGGAGAUCGAGAGCCAGCACAGUGAGUGGUUUGCAGUGUACGUGGAGUUGAAUCAGCAGAUCGCUGCCCUGCUAAGUGCUGGGGAGGAGGAGGAAGUUGUGGAGCUGAAGGCGCUGCAGCAGCAGCUCAGCGACGUCUGCUACCAACAAGCAGCUCAGCUGGAGAACCGUCAGAACGUCCUGCAGUCGGCGCAGGGUUUCCACAGCACCACGCAGGAGUUGUCGCAGCAGCUGGACGGUCUACUGGGCAUGCUCUGUGCUGACGUGGCUCCAGCUGACGGAGCUGCCAUUCAACAAAACCUCAAACUGCUGGAGGAGAAGCUGCAGACUGUUGAGGCAGGUCUCACUUCUCUUCGUCAGAAGGGGGGUUUGUUGAUGGAGCAGAUGUGCAGCCAGCCGCAAUGGUCGUUGGAGGAAACGGAGCGUCCAGCUGGAGAACAACAGGACAAUGUUCAACACAUUCAGGCUGUGAUGGAGGAGAUGCAGCUCCGCAAACAGAGGUGUGAGGACAUGGUGGACGUACGGAGGCUGAAGAUGUUACAGAUGGUCCAACUGUUCAAAUGUGAAGAAGAUGCUUUACAGGCAGUAGAGUGGCUUGGCGAGCUUUUGGAUGCUCUGUUAAAAACCCACAUCAAAAUGGGCGAUGACGCUCAAGAGACCAGGACCAUGUUGGACAAACACAGGAAGUUUGUGGAUGUGGCCCAGAGCACCUAUGAUUACGGCCGCCAGCUGCUGCAGGCAACUGUCGUCCUCUGUCAGUCCCUGCGCUGUACGACGCGCUCGUCUGGAGACACUCUGCCGAGACUCAACCGAGUCUGGAAGCAGUUCAGUGUCAGCGCUGAAGAGAGACAACAGAGACUGGAGCUGGCUCUGAACUUCCACACCACAGCGGAGAAGGUGUUGGAGCAGGGAUGUUUCGAGGCGGAGACUCUGGAUGAAGUUGACUCUACUGGGAAAACUCUGUUGGACAGACUGACGAUGCCUGUUAUCUUUCCUGAUGGGAGUGAGCAGUUCUUCGGGAGUCCCAGUGAAACGGCGACAGCAGCGGAGUGCAUCAGAGAGCGCCUCCUGCUGGUGGAGGAGCGGCGGCUGCAGCUGCAGGGAGCAAGGCUUCCUGAUGAAGAAGAGGAGGGCGUGCUAAACGGGCAUGAGCAACGGCUCGAUGUAAUUGGAGAGGAACUGAGUGAGAAAGAUGAGCAAGAGGAGGAGGAGGAGGAGGAGGAAGUAGUGGAGCUGGAGGAUGAGGAGGUGGAGGUGGGGCAACAGGAUAAAGAAUUAGAAAGGUCUAAACAGGACUGCUAAUGGAUGAUUUUAACUUGAGCAACCGUAAUGAAGAGCGUUAAUGAAGGGCUGCUCAUUGAUUUCCAUGGAGACCUCCAGUUUGUCGUCCCUGAGCCAAGAAAGUCCUCCAUCAGUUGCUUCUGUCUCUCUGAAGCAGCAGCAGUAGGUUCUUCUUACUGCUGCUAUGUGAUGAUAUUAACCAUCAGCCUCGCUGCUUACCCGUCCUUCAAGAUGACAAACACGAUGGAUGUGAUUUGUUGCCGUCACCCCUUUCAGCAGAAAGCUUCACCACUGUAUGGCUUUGAAGAGCAGCAGCCUCUAACAUUUUUCUGCCGUUACCGGAUCCAGCAGACGUCCUUCCAGACUGGAUCUCCAUCUCAUGUAAAAUACUGGAAUAAUUACUACUCAUGUUUCCUGAUGACGAUCACCUGUAAAAUAAGCCUUUUUCAGUAAGAAUACUCCUCAUUCCCAGCAUGCCACUUGUUCACCUAAGUAGGUGGAGCUUCCUUGACGCAAACAUGGUUACACACAUUUCUGUUUGUGCCUCCUUACAUCUGUGUCUCUUUUCCUGCUUUGUUGCCUCCUUUUUAUCUGCCUUCUGUAACAAAAUAUGAACUUGGUGGCUCUACAGUAUAUCAGGUGUACAGCGGCCUGAUUCUGAACAGGAGUCGUCUUAUGUUUCACCUGCAAAGUUGGAGCUGUUCAACACUGGGAUCAAACAGUGCAGACGAGCUAAAAAAAAAAUCUGUAAUAUAUUGGACUGUUUCCAUAGUAACUAGAGGAACGAGGUUUACUACAAGGCCUAAAGAGCAUUUACUUAGUUUAUAUAAUCUCUUUGGACAUAGUCUGAGGAAUGAAUCCCAAAAUUACAGGUCUUCCUGUUGGAGUUAAACUGAAAUGAACCCUAUUUCCAAAUAUUGCUGUGACAUCAGUGAUACAAUGUGCCUUACAGUGUCAGUCCUCCAGCUUGUAUAGUCCUAAUCUUUAGAGAAAAAGUGUCACACAGUUUGCAUAAAUCAAAUUAUGGCACUGAAAUUGUCAUUUGGUACCAAAAAUCCACACCCACCGGAGAACAUCAGUAUAGGGGGAACACUAAUGCUGCUGGUUGUUUGUUUUGGAAUUCAGUCCAGUAGGUCUUAUUGAGAAAAUCAAAUCAAAGUAAUUUGUGUGCUUGAUUUUAUAAUUUGCCAUGUCAUGUUAUGCAACAUAUCGACUUAAAGCCCUGCCUUGAGUGCCUUCACACUCUUGCUACCGUUUUCUUAGAUUUUAUAUAAAGUGUUUCUUUGAUUUUGAUUUUCACUGCAGUACAUCGAGACCUUUUAAAUGUAUGUUUUUCGAGGAUAAUGGGACUAUUUCAAAGUAAAAGCAUUCAUAGUCAGCUUUGAUAAACGUUGGCUGACUGAAAUGUAUUUGCUGCUUUCUACAGCAGGGGAAGAGGCAACAUAAUGUAAAAUGUUACUGGAUGAAUUAUCAUGUCGUGCACACAUUAUUUAUUUUCGAACACCUCCUAAGCUUGAUUUGAUUACGACACAAGUUGAAACAGACCAAGGAGAGACCGAUAUUGUUUUCCUCCCAACAAAAUUUAAUUUAAUCUCAGUUCUACUUUGUUUCCUUUUCUUAUUGAAAUGGUCUGAAAUGGGACUUGUAGUCAUCACACUAUUUUAUCCACGGUACUCGCAUCUUUCAAGGAUCUAGAGGCUUCUGAACACUUUGCUGCUCUAAGUAAACCCUCUGCCUUCGUGAUGGAGAUCAAACGUGUGCCUGUGACUUGUCCAAAUAGACCACGGGGACUGAGUUGACCUCUGAUCCUGCAGUCAAGUGUAAUCCACUGGGACUGGUUCACAUGGUGAAAUUAGAACGAGACAGAUUGCUUUUUUUAUUUAUUUGUCUUUUUUUUUGGAACAGACCUUGCUGUGAUUGGUUGCUGUUUUUGACCAGUAACUGCUGCUUCAAGUGUAACUGCAAAAGUCCUGCGUCUUGCUCAAUGUUCUCACACACAAUGUCAUCAGUUUGACCUCAUCCUCUAAAUAAAGACCAUUUUUUUAAAGUUAAAA